AUGUUUCUCACCACUGUUGAGUGGACAAGUGUCCUUUUGGGAUUGUCACUAUCGAUUUUACUUCUAAUAGGCAGCACUGCGAGUACACCCUAUGGGUUUCCUAGAAUCGGGCCUUCUCGUCUAUGGACGCUUGUAACAUGGAAAAAGCCAGCUCGCUUUGACCUACCUCGAUAUGCACAAAUUGGAUAUGAGAAAGUCAACAAAGCUCUGGGGAAGCCAUUCAUCACCAAGGUGUUCGGCCACGAUUAUGUGGUACUUCCAUCCAAAUACCUGGACGAUAUCAAACGGGCAAGCCCAAAGAGUCUGAGCUUCUUCCAGGCCCUCAGUGAUGGACUGAAUAUGGAGGCCUCAGUUGGCCAUCUAUAUGCUAGCACAACGGAAAUUGAUGUGGUAGUCAAGCAUUUAAACCCGCGGUUGACCAAAUUGACACCGUUGUUGUUCGAUGAAGCCGAGUAUGCCAUUCGCAAGGAGAUCGGCCCUGCAACAGAAUGGAAAUCUUUCAACGUCUCCAACCUCAUCGGCGCCAUAGUGCACCGCACCGGUAAUCGCAUCCUCGUCGGCCCCGAACUAUGUCGCGAUGAGGCAUACCUUGCAGCUACUACAAGAUUCAGCCGCUCGCUAUUCCUGCAUGGAAUAUUCUGGAACUUCGUCCGCCUAGGCCCCUUUCGCAAACUCAUUGCCAGACUCACUAUCGGCCUUCAUCUCAGAGACCGUGACGCAGCCGCAAGAAUGUUAUUGCCACAUAUUCACAGCAGGCGCCAGGAAAAGGCCUCGGGAGUUGAUGUAGCGGCCAAGUACCCCGACGCGCUACAGUGGACGCUCGAGACACCGUCUUCAUUUCCUGGUGACGAUGACCCGUUGCAUCAGGCGUACCAGAUGCUGCAUCUUACUUUUGCGGCGAGCAGUGCCUCUGGAGUGGGAGUCACGCAGUGUCUGCUCAAUGUGCUUGCAUAUCCAGAGUACCUGGGGCCACUACGCGAGGAAAUCAAGACCGUGGUUGCUCGGCAUAGUGGAUGGACAGACAAGGCUCUAUCGCAGAUGGCUUUGCUAGACAGCUUCAUCCGGGAGACAAUGCGGUUGCACCCAGCGGGAUCAUUGACCGUCGCCAGAACUGUUAUGGACGACCAAUUUCGCUUCCACGAUGGCCUCACGCUCCCCAAGGGAGCGAAUAUCAUCGCUCCGGCAUUGGCCAUCCACCAUGAUCCAGAAAACUACACUGACGGCAGCAAAUUUGACGGAUUCCGUUUUGCGCGCUAUCGGCAGAAACAGGGAGAUAGUCACCGCUGGCUUGCCUCGACCAUUGAUCCAAAAUUCCUGCAAUUCGGCUAUGGAAACCAUGCUUGUCCAGGCCGCUUCUAUGCGAUCCGAAAGAUCAAACUGGUCCUGGGCAAGCUGCUCAUGGAUUAUGAAUUCCAGUGGGCAACUCCGCGCUCCGUCAAUAGUCGACCAGAGGAUCUAGCGAUCGAGGCACAACUCAUGGUGGCGCCAGAUACUGAAGUUUUAAUCCGAAGCUGUAGGGCUUGA